AUGUCGGCGGCGCUGUGUGUGGAGACGUCGUCACUGCGGUCCUCCUCAAUUGUGUUCGGUCCACGGAGAUCUUGGAGACGAGAUAAAGGCACUGACAUGAAGGGAGAGGGUUGCAGAACUGGUACAGGAACUGUUACUAUCAACAUCCUGGAUGUCAAUGACAAUGUUCCCACACUGGAUAAAUCUCACUACGAGCAAAGUGUUAUGGAGAACACAACCAAAGUGGAGCUGCUACGCAUCAAAGCCAAGGACCUCAACUUAAUAAACACCGACAACUGGCACACAGUUUUCUCGAUCAUUUCAGGAAACGAAGCAGGCUACUUCGCAAUCACAACAGACGAAAAGACCAACGAGGGAGUUGUAACAUGUAAUGAAAUGUAACAUGAUUAUCAUUUUGUCAUUACGUCCCUCGAUUAUGAAAAGAUGAAAGAGGUCAACCUCAAGGUUGCCGUGCACAACAAAGCAGCCUUCCACUCAAGCGUUGUCUUGGCACCAGGCGACUCCAUCUACUCCAUCAAGAUAAAAGUGAAGAACAAGGGGCCCAUGUUCAUUCCAGCAACAAAAGUAAUCUCCGUCUCUGAGAACAGCAAGGUGGUGUCCACACACACCGUCAUCAACACUUAUGCAGCCAUCGAUGGAGACACCCUAGUGACUGCUAAAAACGUCUGGUUUGUGCAAAGCAUUUCCUAA